AUGGACGUCGACGAGCCACAACCUACGCGAUUUUCGCCAUUCAUCAACUUUUUCGACGUCAGCAACAACUUUCCAUGGCAGGAACCGCGUCCAGAGCAUAUUCGGGAUCGAAGAGCAAUGAUGGAUGGUACACUUAUAUUCGAUAUUCUCCUCGACGCCGGCGGGAUUGAUGCUUCAUAUAUGCUGUACCCUCCCGAAAGCCAGGAAGGCUUGCAGAAAUUGCUGGAUGCCAUCGAAUCAUCCCAAUACGAUAUACUGAAGAAGGAUUGCCUGGUGUAUUUUCUGCUCAAAUGGCAUCAGGAUGGGCGAGAGCGCAACUUUGCCCUGCAGAGGUGCAUUCCGCCCCAGUUCUCUUCGCUUGCCGACGCGUAUUGGCAUCUUGACACGGGUAUAAAUGUUGGAAAAGCCGUUGCCCUCCUCUCUGACUCGCGUCUCAAUCGAGAUUACGCGUCCAAAAUUAUUCGCGCAAUCUCCCUUUCGCCAGAUUCGGCUACACUCAUUCGGAAAUAUGUUCAGACAGCAAAGCCACAGCUCGUCGAACCACUGGACUUGGAGCAGUAUGCAAUCGCACUGGCUGAGUCAAGCGUUAUGGAGGCCUGGCAGUUUUUGCGCACCUUCAACGAGAACGAAACAGAUAACAUGCGUGCACGGUUGUUCAAGAAAGUCUUAGCGUGGGCGGUUUCUCCUGCACCUCGUCCCUCUGCUUUGAAGGAACUCCUCACAUUGCCACUCGCUGAAUUUGAAGAAUCUGUCCUUUGGGCGUUUGCGGAAAAACCGCCUUCGGACCUUCUCAAAUUCCCUGAACAAGCGAUUCUACAAGACCUUGUAUGCGUUCGGCUUAUCCAGGCAGGGCGGUACUCCGAUGCUAUCAAGAGAGAUCGCAUUUUCGCGUCCACAACCUCAGCAAAGAACCUCAGAAUCACACAAGAUCGUUCAAAAAUGGUCAAUGAAGUCUAUGCGGCUCUGACACCUAUUGAGCGAUCCCUCUUGGAUCUGGAGCUUGACCCUACUGUUGAAAAGCAACCUCCAUUGGCUCCCAAGCCUUCAUCUCCCCCAAUGCGUAGACAGGCAGCAGCUCAAGAGCCACAAGACACUUCUUUAUCUCAGUCAUGGGAAGACGUGCAAAUGCCGGAUUCGCUGCUUAAUAAAUCGACAUCAUUGCGCGAAGUUCGCGUACCUGUCACUCCAAACUUUGGAGGACCAUCCAAACCAUCGACACCUGCAACUCGACCGCCAGUCAUUCCCAUCAACUUCAGCAAUGGUGUUAGCAGCUCAACCGCGAAAAAUAAUAAUAAUCCUCUGGCUUCUUCCCACCUCGGUUCCUCGCAGCUGCGCAAUUCUUUGAGCGGUGUGGGGAGUCGUAUGGCUUAUGGAAAUACGUCUGCAAUUGCCUCUCCAGCCAGUGGCAUUAAACUGCCAACUGUACCUGCACCGUCAUCUCACAACCAAACGCCUGUGUUUGUAUCGGCUUCUAGACAACCGAACGCGUUCUAUCAGCCCCCGCCAGAAAAAACCAACGGUGUACAACCUACUUUUGAGGAAGAUGUCACUAGUAGCCCUGAACGCCCUGAUACUUCUAUGAACACAGAACAAGAUGUUGAGAUGGAACCUGAAAAAGAAGACCAGCACGAGGAUGGCAAGCGAAGAGGAAGGAAGAGCAUUGUUUCAGAUAAUGGAGAUGCUGAAGAAAAUACUCUUCAGUUUUCCGUGUUUGGAGCCAAAGAAACCGACAAGGCAGAAGGUUCUACCGCGAAGAAGGGCAUGCGCAAAGCGCCGCCUGGCGAUUUUAUGUCAGACGAGGACGAUGCCAUGGAGGAGGACCAGGAUGUGUCUACCUCCAAAAAGCGAACUUCUAGAACUACUACUCGCUCAAGCAAAUCAUCUAAACCUCCUGCAAAGAAACCUCGACAGACGAAGGAACCGAGAACUAUUCCAGGUGGUAUAAUGGAAGAUGGGGACUUGGACGAAGGAGAUGAUGAAGUUGCUCCUUUGCGCGCACCAUCUCCGAAGAGAACGGCCCGUAAGCCACGUUCGUCCGCAUCCGUGGAAUCAACGAUGGACGACGGAGAGGGCGUACAGACUAGGAGGCGGUCGUCGCGAUUAACAACUGGUGGAGGUAGCACUCAUGGUGGAUCGCCUGAACCCAAGGUAAAAAAGACAUCUCGAGCCAGCGGCGGUAGGAAGAAACGGUAG